AUGAUGUUCAAGUCUUUUGCCGCCGUGUCGGCCCUCUCACUCUUUGCAUCCUCUGCUGCUGCUGUCGAUCCCAGCCUGAAGAAUAAUGUUGCCCUCUACUAUGGACAAGGUUACAACCAACAACGACUCAAGCAUUUCUGUGAACAGUCCACGUCGGAUAUCAUCAACAUCGGGUUUAUCAAUAAGUUCCCCCAAUACCAGGGCGACUACCCCGGUUCCAACUUUGCCAACCAGUGUGAUGGCGCCUUUUUCCCCGGUACGGAGCUGCUCAGUGGCUGCCACCAGAUCUGGCAGGAUAUCCCUAGUUGCAAGGCUGCUGGCAAGACAGUCCUGCUCUCUAUCGGUGGUGGUAGUGCCACAACCCAGUCUCUCCCUGAUGAUGCUACCGGUGAAUGGUUUGCGGAUUUCCUGUGGUACUCCUUCGGCCCUUAUAAUUCGGCGAUUUCUUCAUUGGGUUGGGAAGAGAGCAUGCUUGGUCAGCUCUACCCUCGCCCAUUCCUCACUGCCGCAGUUGAUGGAUUCGAUUUUGAUAUCGAGUACAAUGGCGGAGUUGGAUACGCUGCCAUGAUCAACCGUCUGCGUGAGCAUUUCAGCACGGACACCACACAAACCUACUACAUCUCCGGUGCUCCCCAGUGCCCCAUUCCCGAUGCUCAGCUCAGUGAUGCUAUUGCCAGGUCGAGCUUCGAUUUCCUCUGGGUUCAGUUUUACAACACCGAAGGUUGCUCUGCUGCGAACUGGGUUAACGGCACCGGCAAUUUCAACUUCGAUGACUGGGUCGGUGUGAUCGAGAACAGCGCCAACACCGAUACUAAGCUCUUUAUCGGUCUUCCCGCAUCUGAGGAUGCCGCUAACCCUGGAUUCUACCUGACCCCUGAUCAGGUACAGCCCCUUGUUAAGACUUACAUGGACAAGCACCCCAAGCAGUUCGGUGGUGUCAUGCUCUGGGAGGCCACCGCAGGUGACAACAACCUCAUCGACGGAACACCAUACACUGAGCACAUUCAGGAUAUCCUGUAUGAUUGCGCCCCUCGCGCUGUCUCGUCUUCCACUGUUUCAUCUUCUACUGUCCCGCCCUCCACCACUUCCACCUCUGUUGCCUCUACCACCUCUGUUGCCUCUACCACCUCUGUUGCCUCUACCACCUCUGUUGCCUCUACCACCUCUGUUGCCUCUACCACCUCUGUUGCCUCUACCACCUCUGUUGCCUCUACCACCUCUGUUGCCUCUACCACCUCUGUUGCCUCUACCACCUCUGUUGCCUCUACCACCUCUGUUGCCUCUACCACCUCUGUUGCCUCUACCACCUCUGUUGCCUCUACCACCUCUGUUGCCUCUACCACCUCUGUUGCCUCUACCACCUCUGUUGCCUCUACCACCUCUGUUGCCUCUACCACCUCUGUUGCCUCUACCACCUCUGUUGCCUCUACCACCUCUGUUGCCUCUACCACCUCUGUUGCCUCUACCACCUCUGUUGCCUCUACCACCUCUGUUGCCUCUACCACCUCUGUUGCCUCUACCACCUCCGUGGCUUCUUCCACCUCCGUGGCUUCUUCCAGCUCCGUGGCCUCUUCCAGCUCCGUGGCCUCUUCCAGCUCCGUGGCCUCUUCCAGCUCCGUGGCUUCUUCCAGCUCCGUGGCCUCUUCCACCUCCGUGGCCUCUUCCAGCUCCGUGGCCUCUUCCAGCUCCGUGGCUUCUUCCACCUCCGUGGCUUCUUCCACCUCCGUGGCGUCUUCCACCUCCGUGGCGUCUUCCACCUCCGUGGCCUCUUCCAGCUCUGUCGCCUCUACCACCUCCGUGGCUUCUUCCACCUCGGUUGCUUCUUCGAGCUCUGUCGCGUCUUCCAGCUCCGUGGCCUCCUCGAUCAGUGCUUCUUCCAGCGCCCCUGCUACCUCCGGCGAGUCUUCCUCUUCAAGCAUCCCUAGCAGCUCUGUAACACCUGUGGCUUCAGCUUCAUCGGGACACCCCACUCCUCACAGCUCGCACGCCCACGGCCACGGCCAUGGUCAUGGACAUGGACAUGGCUCCCACACCCACACCCACGCCCAUACCCACACCCACACUGUUCCCAGCUCCACUCCUGUGGUCUCGGGUCACUCUUCCAGCACUGCUUCUGUCUCUUCUGCAACUGAGUCUGGCGCCUCUUCCACUAGCGGAGCUGUCAUCCCGACUGGUGUCCCAUCUUCCAGCGACGAGACUACUGGAAGCUCUAAGCCUACUGGUGACAACACUACCGGGGGUUCCAAGCCUACCGGCGUCGAGACUACCGGUGCCUCCAAGCCUACAGGCGACAACACCACUGGCGGUUCCAAGCCUACCGGGGUCGAGACUACCGGUGCCUCCAAGCCUACAGGCGACAACACCACUGGCGGUUCCAAGCCUACCGGUGACGAGACUACCGGCGCCUCUAAGCCCACUGGCGACAAUACUACUGGAGGUUCCAAGCCUACCGGCAGUGAGACCACCACAGCCCCCGCUGGUAUCACCGCCGCUCCCUCCGUGACUGGCUCGGCUUCCUCUUUGGCUCCGGGUACCACCACAACUAUCAUCGUGACCUCCUACGUUGAUAUUUGCCCAACUGGCUUCACCACCAUCACCACCACCAUUACCAAGACUUGGUGCCCCGGUAACACGGCCACUGCUACCCCAACUGGCGCUGCCGACAUCACUGCUCCUGCUUCUGGCCCUGCUUCUUCUACUGCCUCCAUCCCCGAAGGCUGGACUACGACUGUGACUGUCUGCACUCACUGCGCUGCUACCCCGACUACCGUGACCCUCACCAAGCCCGCUACCACUGCCACCACCACUGAGGUCGUGUCGCAGCCCACUGCCCCUUCGGUCCCUGAGGGCUACACCACCACUGAGACUUUCUGCAAGCACUGUGGUCCCACCGGUAGCACCGUCACCCUCACCAUCCCGGCUCCCACUGCCACUGCCAAGGUUCCUGGUGCUAGCUCCGGCUCCGGCUCCUCUGGAAAUGGUGAGAGCUCUAGCUCUGGCUCUACCCCGGGCUCCGGCUCUAGCUCCGGCUCCUCUGGAAAUGGCUCUGGCUCUACCGGCGAGGUCACAGUGCCUGGUGUCGCUCCUGUGGUGCCCUCUUCUUCCGCCAAGCCCAUUCCCAGCAAUGGAGUUGGAGCCUUCCACGCCGGCAGACCCUCGUCAAGCAUCGUCUACCACCCCUCCCCCUCGCGCACUGCUGUGCCCACCGUCGCAACCACCGCAACCACCGCGACUAUCGCAACCACCGCGACAAACGCACCCGCAGCAUCCACCGGCAACUCCGAGGGUGUGUCCCCAGUCUACACUGGCGCAGCGUCGCGUGCCAACGUGACCGGCUUCUUCGGUGGCGUCCUCGCCGUCGCUCUUUCCAUGUUCAUGAUGCUGUGA